AUGGAUUUUACAAGGAAGAAUGGGGAGUGGGACGUAUCAAUUCCACUCCGACCCAAGCUCUCGCUCUCGCUCUCCCUCUCCCUCUCGCCCUGCCUUGCCCAAAAAAAACCCUCCCCAAACGCCCUAUCCCCCUCGGCCGGACAAAAGACUAGCAAGAUGCGCCACGAAACAACCCCCAUCCCAACACACCUCAGGCUGGUGCGAUUCUGA